AUGUGUUUCGGUAGCCGGAAGAAGGACGAGGAGGGCAAUGCUCGAUCACGGGAGUUGGACAAAGUUAUCCGACAAGAUGAGAAGCGAAUGCAGCGAGAAGUCAAAUUGCUUCUCUUAGGUGCCGGAGAGUCAGGCAAGUCGACAGUGCUCAAGCAGAUGAAAUUGAUUUACGCGCAAGGCUUCAGCAAAACGGAGAAAUUAGAAUGGAAACCCGUCGUAUUCAACAAUGUCGUUCAAUCGAUGCGUGUUAUUUUCGACGCCAUGGCCGAUUACUCAAUCGAAUUCGAGAAUAAAGAUAACGAGAAAAACCAAGCUUUGCUUCUCGUCGAUACCGAGAUCUCCCCGCACGAUUCCCUUCCGCAAGAUUACCUCGAGCCGGUUAAGAGCCUCUGGGCCGAUGGCGGAGUGCAGAAGGCCAUUCUCAAAGGCAACGAAUAUGCUCUCCACGAUAACUUGUCAUACUUCUGCGAAGACGCCGACCGUCUUUGGUCAGCCGAUUACGUUCCGACCGACCAAGAUCUUCUGCGAUCGAGACUGCGAACGACUGGUAUUACGGAGACCAUCUUCGAUCUUGGUCAAUUGACAUACCGAAUGUUCGACGUGGGUGGACAGAGAUCGGAGCGAAAGAAGUGGAUUCAUUGUUUCGAGAAUGUCACUUGUUUGUUGUUCCUCGUCGCAAUUAGCGGUUACGACCAAUGUUUGGUUGAAGACAAAGAUGGUAACCAAAUGAACGAAGCCUUAAUGCUGUGGGAAUCAAUUGCGAAUUCCCAUUGGUUUACUAAGUCCGCCCUCAUCCUCUUCCUAAACAAGAUGGACCUAUUUAGAGAGAAGAUCGCAACGAGCCCAAUAACGUCGCAUGGUUUCGUGGAUUACCAAGGCCCGCCGGACGAUUACAAGCAGGCGAGCAAGUACUUCAUGGACAAGUUUAGAGCUCUGAACCGAAAUCCCGAGAAAGAGAUCUACGGACAUUUCACAAACGCGACGGAUACCAACCUGCUGAAAAUUACAAUGGGCUCGGUGCAGGACAUGAUCAUUCAGCGCAAUCUGAAGCAGCUGAUACUGUGA